AUGGAAGAUCUUAUUUACUAUGCAGGUGCAAAGUAUGUGUCUUACCGGAAGGGCUUUAGAAAGCUGCUGCAUCAAGAGCUGAUGUCAGGUUGUUACGACAUAUUGUACCUGCAUCUUGGCUCUAACGAUGUUUGCUGCAAAGAUAGCAAUUUUUACCGUUGUGUGACAGAGAUCCUUGAUGUUGUAUUCAGUGUGUGCACUGAAAUACACGUGGUGCUUUGCGAGAUUCUUCCACGUGAUUUUGAUGUGAGAAUGUUUCCCCGAUGGCCACUCUCAGGGGCACAGUUGAGGAACUACUGCCAGUGGAUAAGGAGCGCAAACAGCAUGCUGUGGGAACUGAGUCACCAUGUGCCUUCUGUGAGAUACAUGGACUAUGAAGCAACUAAACAGAAGUCCCUGUACUUGUCCCAUGAUGGACUACAUCUGAGUGCUGAAGGGGCUAGAAGGUGUUUAGCAUCCAUACAGGACAACCUGCCAAACCAGCUGUGUGUGGAGGCUGCUGUUCAAGAUCCUACAGAAUGGCCAGCUCUCUCAGCCACGGAAGUACCGGUUCAGGAGCAUGACAGCCGUAAGCAAAUGUGA